AUGGCUCAUGAUAUCAAAGGUAAGUUCAAACAACAAACUAAACAUCAUAAUCAUAUUCAUAAUCAUAAACAUUACAAUCCACAUUUACACAUUCAAAUUAUUGGAUUCUCCUGUGCAUUCGCAGUAGGUCUCUUGAUGAAUAUAUUGGCAUGUGUAUUCUCACACUCUGGAUGGCCAAUCAUUGUAGUUGCAUCGUAUUUCCUAGCACCAUUCCCCAAUUUGAUAUGUAAGAAUAGAGACGCAUUCUCAAGUGAGUCAGGAAAUUUGACAGAUUUGGGUAUGUUCUUGACAGGAUUUUUCGUUAUCAGUGGAUUUGCUAUUCCAGCCAUCAUGGCACACUCCUCAAUUAUUACAUAUGAAUCAUUAGGAUUUGCAAUUGCAGGAGGUGUUACAGUUUAUGCUACAUUGAUUGCUUUCAUGGCAUAUUUCCACAAGAAAGAUGAAGAAGAUGGUUGGAAUUAA